AUUGAUGCCAUGAAACACCACUACGGCGGCGGCGGCGGCGGCGGAGCAAUCUGAGUUUUUCGUUUCUGUGGAAAAACGGUGAUCAAGCGAUAUCUGUCUUUUGGUAACGGUGACGUUUGGUCUUAGUGUUAAAUCUCAUGUUUGCAUUCGAUUAAUUUAGCUUGGCGCCCUUAUUUUACAAGGGGUAAAACACAAUAUUUUCUAAAUUAAUGGUGCUUUUUGAUUUCCUUCCUUUGCCUUUCACAAUAUGCUAUAAUUUUGGAUUUUGGUUCCCAUGAUGUUAAUGCCAUGUUGAUUUGGCACAGGGAAAAUAUGAGCAACAGUAUGAGAGUACAGAAGAAUUCAAGCAAGAGCUAAAAUUGAAGGUUCGAGAAAUAUUAACAGAACAAGAAUGGAGGAGGAGAAAGAUGCAGAUGAGGAUUUCUGAGGAAGAAGGCAGAUUGAAGAAAGAUUUCUGAGGAACAAUAUUCUCGCUUACUUCUUGGUUUGUUUGUAUGUUUGUUUGUAUAUGUUUGUUUGUAUGAAUAUUGACUUUCUCAAUGUCUUCUUUCAUUUGUCUGGAACUGGGAUUGGGGAGUUGGAAACUAACUUGUUUUGUUUGACAUUGUUGUUUCGUUCUGUUUAUGUGGAUUGAUGGUAAAUGAACUUUCCCCAUUCAUGGUAUCUGGCACAUGCUGACGUGCGUACUUAUAAUGGAGUUUGGACUAGUUCCCAUGUUGGUGAUUUUGUGUGUGUUACUUCUUUUGCAGGCGAUAUGAAAAAGCAUCUGGUGGCAAUAACCGGUUUGCAGCUUGAAGAGCAGAGACUACUAUUUCGAGGUAAGGAGAAGGAUGAUGAUGAGCAUUUGCAUACCGCAGGGGUGAAGAAUUUGUCAAAGAUUUUACUCUUGGAGAACAAGACAAACAAGCAGAGGAAGGUCGUGGAAGAUGUUAAGGUGGUAGAAGAGGUCGAGAGAAGUGGUGAGCUUUCGAAGGCAUCAGCAGCCAUUGCUGAUGUUCGGUCUGAGGUUGAUAAGCUUGCAGAUAGGGUUGCUGCCUUGCAAGUAGCUGUUAAUGGUGGCACAAAUGUUGAAGAUAAAGAAUUCGUAGUAUCAACGGAGCUGCUGAUGAGACAACUGUUGAAAUUAGAUAGCAUUGAUGCUGAAGGGGAAGCAAAGUUGCAGAGAAAAGCCGAGGUUAGUAUUUAAACAUUGAUGGUGACACACAAUUAUA